ACACUCAAAGCUUUCAAGAACAAAAGAGCAAUUCUCUUUCUCUCUCUCUCUGUAAAUUGCCAUUCAAAUCCCAAAGUUCAUGUCUUUUUAUGUGCAAAGCUCAGUCAUUUCUCUGUAAAGCGAGGCCGCAUGUUUACCUAAUUCUCAACAUAUUGCAUGGAGUUUUCCGAAUCCUUAUAAGUAAAGAAAGAGGGAAAAUGGGUGAACGAGGUCAUGAUCAUUCGGGAUGGCCACCGUCUGGAUCUCCAUUAUAUACAGGAAGAGAUGAUCAUUGGAGUCAUUUUGACACCUCUGUCAAUGCAGUUUCUUUUGGGUUCGUUGCUACUGCUGUUCUAAUCUCCAUGUUUCUUGUUAUGGCCAUUUUUGAGAGAUUUCUCAUAAACAUGCCGCCGUCUCCGCCACUUCCGCCGUCUUCUUCAGCCACUGGCCGCAGGUUCACUGUCGACGUAGAGUCCCAGAUGCAAUUAAACGGGAUGUUCAUUCAUCUUCCUUCUCCCAAAAUUUUGUCUAAUGCAAGGGAACUUUCUGUGUUGAUGCCAGGAGAGCAUAUACCACGGUUCAUCGCUCAACCGAGCCCCAUGCCAUACCCACCUGACCCCAAUAUCGCUUGGCCCGCCAAUCUCUCCAAUCCGUUACAAAAACAAGGUAAAACCUACCACUCAAUUAACACGGGUGGUUCAAGUUCGGCUUGAUAGAUUGAAAAUAUCGAAAUGGGAACACAUUUUGUUCUUAUGUCUGCGUAGAAGAAAACGGGUGGAUAGACAUUCCAUGUGUAUAAAUUGUAUAUAGAUAUUAUUCAUGCUGGAUUUCGAGUCUUUGAAAGAUCGACGUUGAGAAACUUCAGGCAAUGGUUGGUUUAACUUUGGCUGAUAUUAUUAUUAUUGAAGAUAAAUCAAGACUGAGAUGUAGUUUGUUUA